AUGUCAUCAUUCACAUUAGAAGUACUUCAUUGGAAACCAACAAAAUUGGAGGAGGAAUGUGAUUCUACAGAUAUUUUGGAGCUUGAUGCUAUAGCCAGAGAUAUUCGUGCUGAGCUCUGUAUCGCCAAAGAAGAGGAAGAAAGGUUGACUGAAUGCAUUGUUGAUGGUUUGAAGAAGACGGAAAGGACUCUAGGUACCUCCAACUUUCAACGUUUUUUCGAUCAAUGCGCAGCACGUGUCAAUGCUGAAUUUGAACGUUCAGAGGCCGAUGCCCGUCAAUUAUCAAAUUCACUGGAUGCACUUUCCGGUCUUGCCCAAAAUAUUUCAAAGCGUGUAGCAGCAUUGGAUCUGGGAAAGAGUCGAGUUGUUGAGUGUUUGCAACAUGUUAGUGAUUUACGGGAUUUGGGGACCUGUGCAAACGGUGUACAACAGGCAAUUAGGGAUGGGAAUUUUGAGGAGGCAGCCAGCCAUAUUCAUCGAUUUUUAACGCUGGAUUCGAUUGUUUUCAAAAUGAGCGAUAGUCAGGAUGUUAAAGAUGCGGGAUAUUCCGUCAAAAAUUGUUAUGAUAUAUUAAGACAAGCGUCGAUUGAGCUUAAGCAACAGAUUGAACUAAAAUUUGACGAAGCUAAAGCAAAGGGUGAUGUUUCGACAAUGGAGCGUUUAUUCAAACUUUUCCCGUUAAUAAAUGAGCAUCAAAGCGGAUUGAAGAGAUAUGGAUCGCAUAUUUGUGAUAAAAUUGCUGAACUUUCUCAACAGAAUUAUAAAAUUAUGCAGGCCGGUGGAACAGACGAUAAUCGAAAAAAUGUUCUUUUUGCUGAUACUUUAACUAUGCUUUUUGAAGGUAUCGCUAGAUUGGUUGAAUUGAGUCAGCCUGUUAUUAUUAGUGCUUAUGGACAGGAUAAAAUGUUGGAUCUAAUUGAAAUAAUUCAGCCACAAUGUGACAAGCAAACAAGUUUAAUUUUGGAUGCUUUUUUGCAGAAACGACAUUUUCAAGAAUUGGCUAAUCAAGUACGCGUAUUACUCAACACUGAUGGAUUUUCACAAACUGAACGAAUUAACCCAAUAGAACUUGACUUGCUCCUUUCUGAAGUUACUUUAAUGCAUACUCGUGCCGAACUUUUUUGGAGAUUUCUUAAGCGUCGAUUGAAUCGGUCUGUUGAUUUGGAAAGGAAAAAGAAGGACGGUGAAGGGAAUGAGUUAAAAGAGGUUUCGGAGAAAAAUGACUUGGAUGACCCUUUAAUUGAUGAACAUCGAGAUUUUGAAAGUGAAGAACAACGGGAAGAAUACACUGCAAAAAUGAAGAAGCAACGUGAAGAAAGGGAUAGAAAAUUGGAUUUGGUUUUGAAUCGAUCCGGUUUAAACACGAGAAUGCAGGAAUUGUUGGGUAAUUAUGUACUAAUGGAGCAAUAUUAUAUGACCAAUUCUGUUCAAAAAGCAAUUUCUAUGGAUACAGUCGAGGAUGGGGCGUUGACUAGUUCUCUUUUGGAUGAUGUUUUCUUCAUUGUGCGCAAAUGUAUUCGUCGUUCCAUCAGUUCUUCCUCUAUUGACUGUAUUUGUGCUAUGCUUAACAAUGGGGUGACUUUACUCGAAACUGAAUUUUUCAAGUGCAUUAGUGCUCCAAUUAAGUCAGGAUAUCCAAGCAGUGGAUGGACAACAGAAGCAUAUCAAACUGCUCAAAGUGCUUACACCGCCGUUCUGCAGCAAAGCAAGGUUGUUACUGACACUUCUGUCAACAGUAUAGAGAAGCAACGAAACUCAUUUUUGAUUGGACUUAAUAAUAUGCGUAGUUCAGUUGAAUGUAUUUGUACUCUAAAAUUGGGAUUAGCAGAGGAUUUUGAGAAAUAUUUGAGCCAGAUAACCCCUCUAGAGAGUAAAAAACUCGAAAAUGCUGUUAGUCAAUUAGAUGAUUUUACAAAACGUUUAGAACAGCAUGCGAAUCUUGGAAUCGUUAAGCUUUGUGAUGCAGCAAUUAGGACUAAACUUAAAUCGAGUGCUGACGAAUUUCUUGAACUUUCACAUAUUUUGUCGGAUGAAGAAUUGGCCGAUUUUGAAAUAAAUGAUCCUUUUAUGAGCAAUUUUAUUUUACAAUUGGACAAGCAAUUGGUACGCUUUGAGACGCUUUUAGUGCAAGAAAAUUAUAAGAUGUUGGUGUCUUGUUGCGCUGGUGAAGUAGCACAACAAUUAGAAAGAGUAAUAUUUAAAUGUUCUUUUAAUCGACUUGGUGCUCUUUUGCUUGAUAAAGAAUUUAGAGAAUUAUCGUCUUAUUUAAGCUCUAUAGCAAGUUGGAAUAUUCGUGAAAAAUAUAGUCGGCUUUCUAAUAUUGUUACUUUAUUAAAUUGUGAAAGUUUGGAUGAAGCAAUACAAUUAUUAGAGCAAAUAAAUAAUUCUCUUCUAUCAACGGCAAUAUUGUCACAAAAUGAUAUUAGACGAACACUGAGUCUUCGAGAAGAAUUCUCACGAGACCAAAUUAAUUCAAAGGUUAAGGCUUUGAAAAUUUAA